AUGGUUCACUGUGCAGCACUCGGUUAUACUAGAAGUUCUAGCAAAAAAAAUGAUGAAAAAAUCAGUUUUUUCAAACUUCCAAAAGACGCAAAGAUAAAACAGAUGUGGAUUUCAAAGCUGAAACGAGUCAACAUGCCUAAAGAACAAAACAUCCACGUGUGUCAUAUUCAUUUUGAUAGUGACUGCUUCAAAAGAGAUCUCAAGAAUGAAAUGCUUGGUUUGCCUACGAGACGGAUUUUAACGAAAGGGGCUGUACCGACAAAUUUUGUCUACUCCAAAGCACAAGAAAAACGGAAAUCGUCGCAAAGGUUGGAGCAAAAAGACGCUGCAUUGACAAAGCGCAAGCUCAUCGAUGAAGCUAUCCAUAACAACGCCGAAAUGGAACAUAUCGACAUAGAGAAUUUUCUGCUUGAGAAUUCGAAAUACUGCCAAACUGAAUUCGUCGUAGCAGCUCCGUCAGUACGAUCCGUGGAGACAAGACAAAAGAGCUCAAUGUGA